GGGUCUUGGCUCUGAGCAUGUUGCCAACAGAGCAACAGGGGCUUCAGUGUGUUAUGUUGAGGGUUAAAAUCCGCCCGGGGCUGUUUUGAACCUGUGCCAAACAGCUCGCAUUUAAACCGCCUCAUUUCUCGAUCACAGUCACAUUCCUCGCGCCACAGAAUGGGUGCCCCGCUGGCCUGCACAGAAGACGCAUCCCGAAAUCACAAAAGUCCUCCUCCCUCGCCCACAGAGUCAGCAGCAACAGACAAAGCCCCCGAUUCACGCCCCCACCUCGCACUACCCACUGGUCGAGACAGAGGGAUCUUCUGCUCUCGACAAAGAAGGCUCUCUACCGAAACGAGAGUAGUACACACUACGUAAUCAAGCGCCGGAGGCUCCCCUGUGAAGCACCUGGACCCCGCCUCCUUCCCAGGGUGGGGCGCAGAGCAGGUAAUCGCGAGACCACAGUCCGUCAAUAUGCGGAAAUAAUAAAGCACGGAGAAACGUCUGAUCAACACUGUGAAGCCAAUGUCCACAGAGAUAAGAAUAUGAGCCAUCCACCCAGGACUCACCGGGGACAGAGGGACCGUAACGGGGAGCGCAGUGGGGGAGCACCCCGAGACAAUCGGGAAGGACGGGCCAGGAGGGACUACUAUGAAGACAGACCACCGCCAAGUGACAGCCCAUCUACCCAGCCUCCCUACUAUUCCAGCUCGCCACCAGCUCCUAAACAAACGCAGAGAUCGGCACCUCGAGAGGAGCACAAUGAAUCCAAGUGCACCCACAUAUGUUCUAGAAGAGGAAUUGUGAUGAUCUGUGCCGUCCUGACUAACGCACUGGUCCUGGUGUGUAUUGUGGCAGCACAUCUCUCUAUGGCUGGGUUGUCAUCAGCGGGCCUGUCUGGAGGCUUCAGCAUCAACUCCCAGAUCCCCUUCCAGGGGACCGAGCUUCAGCAGGUCCGGGAACUCGAUAUGCAGCACAGCCAAUUACGCGCGCCUCUGGUCUACGGGGGUGUUGCCUACAGUCUCACCAUGGGCGUCAUCUCCCUGCUUUUUGUGGUCUCUGGGUCAAAGCCCGCCCACUUGCUACCAAAGAAGCUGCUGGUUGGCCAGUUUCUCUUCCAGCUCAUAGGGGGUGUGGCCUACGUGGUUGCUGUGGGGCUUUACCUGCACUUUGUGAUUACUAUCAAUGCAACCGAUGUGUGUAAGAGACGUGAGCGGCUCUAUGCUGGGCGCGGCUUCACCUGGAUGAAUUGCGACGUGGGUGGGGGUGAUGCUGCGGUGGCCCUGUUCGCACUCAUCACUGCGCUGCUGUACGCGGCCGGAACAUACUUCACCUUUGUCACUAUGCGAAACGUGGCACACUACAACAAGCACACUCAAAAUCACACACAUGCACGUUCACACAUAUAACAAACACCUGUUUGUUCCAACACCGACAUGUCUUAUAUGGAUGAAAGAGGAAUGUAAGGCCACACACACACAAACACACACACACACACACACAAACACACCUACCUAAUCAGUAACAGAAAAAAACCUGCAAAUGUCUUCACUUGUUUCUAAUUCCGACAGGACUAUUAACAAGUUAUUUAGUAAAGCUUUUAUAUUGAUUUUUUUAUGGAAUAAUGUCUGUAACCUCACAUUCAAAUAACAUUUGUCUGCCUCUUAAUAGCCGGAUAACUUGCCAUCGUUCGCUGUAGACUGUGAAUAUUCUGAUUCUGGUAUGUUUUUGGAUGGAGGUUUGAAUUCAACGAUUCUCAAUGUUGUAAUUUGUAAAUAAACUCCUGGUUUUAAUAUACA